CUCAUACUUGGCCAAUGUCUAUCUGUAUAUUUCAAUUCCCAACAACAAAAAACUAAAUUCUAUUGCAUGGAGUAAAGAAGAUGGAUUUAUUGCUUGUGGUGGAGAUGAAGGACUUUUAAAGGUUUUUAAACUUGAUGUCCAGAGGGAUUCUAAAAUCAAAGGUUUGGCCGCACAGACUAAUUUAGUAAUGAAUCAAACCCUUGAUGGACACGCUGGUACAUAUUUAGGAUUAUUAAUCCUUCAAAAUAAAGGUUCCGUUCGGUGGGAUAGUGACGGGCAACGGAUUUGUAUAGUGUAUGAUGAUGGUGCAGUGAUUGUUGGCUCCGUGGAUGGAAAUAGAAUCUGGGGGAAAGAAUUAAAAUGUGGUAGUUUGGUUGCUGUUGAGUGGUCUCCUGAUGGAAAAACAAUUUUAUUUGGUCUUGCAAAUGGGGAAGUUCACAUAUACGACAUUAUGGGGGCAUUUCGAAUUUUUCAAAAAGGUAAUAUAAUUAGUAAGUUGUUGCUUUGA